AUGCGUCUUUCCAUCUUGCCCAACUUCCUCAUGGCUGGCGUUUCAAUGGCCCAGGGCGACAUUGCUGCGCUCCUCGCCUCUCAGCCCGACCUCAGCACGCUACUUGAGCUCGUCAGUCUCGUACCCGGACUUGCAGACACUCUCGCCUCAUCUUCCAACAUCACCAUCGUGGCUCCCACGAACCAAGCAUUUGCCAAUGUGCCCCGAGAUAUUCCUGAGGGAGAAGCUAUCGAGUACCGCAACAACACCAUUGCGAUUGGGGCACUCCUUGCGAACCACGUCUUCAAAGGAGUCUAUCCGUCGAACGUGAUCACCGAGGUUCCAACCUUUGCCCAGACCUUGCUUGAUGGUUCAUACAUCGACUACAGGCAGCCUUUCUCUAACUUCACUGGCGGUGCUUACAACGGGCUCGUGAAGAAUGGAAAGGAUGUGUGCAUCUUGUCUGGAGAGCAGACCAUUUCUACUGUCACUCAGGCUGAUAUCAAACUUGGGGAGGGUAUCACAAUCCACAAAAUCGACACAGUCCUCUCAUUCGGCGCUCCCUUCCAGCUCUUCACCUUCCGUGCGGGCUACCUCGCCAUGAACGCGGCGUUGGAAGCCGCGCACCUAAACUUCGCAUUCGGUGAGACUGGGGCCGACGAGCAAGGUCUCAACAUCUCUGACUACACCAUCUUUGUGCCUACCGAUGAGGCCUUCAAGUCAAUUGGCUCUGUGCUCGAGACCGCCAGCCUUGAGACUCUCCAGGAGGUUCUUCGCUACCAUAUCAUUCCCAACAAUGUCAUCUUCUCGCCGUCCCUGGGCAAUGUCACAGUUCCAUCUCUUCAAGGAAACAACCUCACUUUCACGGUUUUGCCCGAUGGUUCAGCCUGGGUCAAUAACGCAAGAAUCUCGUUCCCCAACACGAUUCUGUUCAACGGUGUCGCCCACGUUAUUGACAGUGUUUUGAGCCCUGGAAACUUUGACAGAUCUUCCCUGAAGCCUGCAGCACCAGCAUCUGAGCGAAUUGCCUUCUCCGGCGCAUCCUCAGUUUCAAGCCUGCCUUUCACGAGUGUCUCAUUCGCGACGGACAUGAUGGCCUUCACAGCUACACCCAGUUUGCUUCAGACAAUUGCCGCCGUCGCUACCGCUACCGCUACUGGUGCUGCUAAUGCCACCGCCACGCCUUCUGGCAAGCCGACUACGGUUCCAAUUAGCGGCGGCAGCAACCUGUUCCCCGGCAUUAUUUUGGCCCUUUCUGUCGCUACCGGAUUUGCUGCAUUCCUCAUCUAG